AUGGGAUGUGCUCAGUCUUUGAACAACGGGACGUGCUCAGUCUUUGAACAACGGGAGGCUCUUCUGGACAGCUUCUUAAGGCCAUCCUCGUUUUCUCUGUCGCCAUGCUGUCCAUCUCUGUUCUCCUCCUCAUCCCCUCUUCUUCAUGGGCUGUCCCACACAGAGGGUGGAAAGAGGGUCAACUAUGAAUUCCAAGGGUCUCUGGCCAAUUGUUAUUCCAACUGCUCCUGCCCAGCUAACGCCUUCAACCCAGUGUGUGGAUCUGACAGCACGGAGUACCUGUCACCCUGCCACGCAGGCUGCAAAGAGUACACCAAAGACCCCAACAACAGAUUCAGGGUUCUGGAGUACACAGACUGUAUCUGUACAGCUCACAGCCAGGGUAGCGGUGGGGGUACUGCUCGCCCCGGCCCCUGCCCCAACCAAUGUCCUCACUUCCUGCUUCCUGUCAUGUUCCUCAUCUCUCUGGCCGCGAUGAUCGCCUCCCUAACACACAAUCCUAUCUAUAUGAUGGUCCUCAGAACUGUUCCCCACGAAGAGAAAUCCUUUGCCAUAGGAGUCCAGUUUCUGCUCUUGAGAGUGCUUGCCUGGUUACCGGCCCCAGCCCUGUUCGGCAUGGCCAUCGACAGCUCCUGUAUCUGGUGGAAACGUAUCUGUGGCAACCGGCUGGGCUGUGGUUACUAUGACAAUAACAUCCUGAGAAACAGGUACCUGGGUCUGCAGUUGGGCUUCAAGAUGAUGGGGAUCUUCCUGCUGGGGCUGGUUGGAUGGAAGGUCCAGAGGACCAGGGAGUACAACCUGGGAAAACGGCCUGACGGACCACUGUGAUCUGGGAUACGUCUGACCGCCUGGCUCCUUAACUCCUUCCUCCCUUUCCCGUCUCACACGAUAGAGACUGGCCACCGAGGACCAAUUUUACACCUACCUGCCAUCGCACCGUGCUAUCCAAUCCACCACCUUACUACAAUCUAACCUGUCUCACAGGAGAGAAGAGACUCACCUGCCUCUGAGGUACACUGUGCCUUUCAACUGGUCUGCUAAUGCAGGGUCUGCUAAUGCAGGGUCUGAAUACAACGGAGGGACUAUUAUGAUUCAACUCUGAGCAGCCAGCCCUAUUCCUAUAUAAGUGUCUCACAUGACUCCACCCAGUGGGCUUAUCUUAAUGUAUUUUUCCCACUGUGCUUUUCAACGGAGUGUACUGUGCUGUAUACUAGUAUAUCAACUGUAUACUAGUAUAUCAACUGUAUACUUGUAUAUCAACUGUAUACUUGUAUAUCAACUGUAUACUAGUAUAUCAACUGUAUACUAAGUGUAUCAAC